AUGUCAGGCUUGCAGAUUCUGGCUUUUGUCAGCGGCCUGGCCGGGCUUGGUGCCACUAUUGGUGCCACAGUGUCCAAUGAAUGGAGGGCUACCAGCCGGGCAUCCUCAGUCAUCACAGCGACCUGGGUGCUCCAGGGUCUGUGGAACAACUGUGCUGGAAAUGCCAUUGGAGCUCUGCACUGCAGACCACAUCAUACUAUCCUUCAGCUGGACGGCUACAUUCAAGCAUGCAGGGGAUUGAUGAUUGCAGCUGUCUGUCUGGGGUUUUUUGGUUCUAUAUUUGCCCUUGUUGGAAUGAAAUGCACCAAAAUUGGAGGAAGCGACAAAAGCAAAGCCAAGAUUGCCUGCUUUGCAGGUGUAAAUUUCAUUCUUAGUGGCCUCUGCUCACUUUCAGCAUGCUCCCUCUAUGCACACCGGAUAACGACAGAGUUUUUUGACCCAAUGUAUAUGGCACAGAAGUAUGAACUGGGAGCUGCUCUCUUUAUCGGCUGGUCAGGUUCUAUCCUCUGCAUCAUUGGAGGCAGCAUGCUCUGCUUCUCCAUCUCAGGUUCUUUUCCCAAAAGCCACAGUCAGGCAAACUAUACCUACAAAGGUGCUGCCUCACAUUCUCAUAUCUCCUCCUACCCGAGAGGGAAGGCAAAGUCUGUAAACCAGAGGCCGCCUCCAGACUACAGCAACUCCUCCAGGACGCAGCACUUUGAUAAGAAUGCAUAUGUGUGA